CUGCCUGUAACAACAUCAGCCCCGGUCUGAUUCCAGCUCAUUUCCCUCGGUUUUGCCCCCCAAAGUAAAAUCACAUGAUGCUCAUUUUUGUCAUAUGACACUGAUGAAGGAGAGGGAGAGACAGAUUCUCCUGCAUACGAACUCCUGGGUGAUAACAAAGGAGGAUACUCAGCCACUUGUCAGGCAUGAGAUGCUGUAGACAAAGAUUUUUCGGUGGCGUUUCUCGUUAAUCUGGAGGAUGAAGUGUCUGGGAGCUCUGUGCGCCAUAGCCGCUGCCUGUUUCAUCGACAUGGUGGUGGGCCAGACCACUCUCAUUCCUGCUGUGAUGAACACCACUCUUGUUCAGAAUGCGACUGGUCUGACUCCAACACCCGUGAUCUUCAGCAGCACGACCCCAGGCUGCUUUGCUUUUAAUGUCUCUGCUUGUGAGCCGUGUGCACCAGGAUCCCAGUACGACAACAAUACGUUGCUGUGCUCAUGCUGUCCCGACCCUGGGCUGUGUGUAUUUCCUGGAGCAUGUCUGCCAUGCAAGAAGGGAUUUUUUCAGUCCCUAUCAGGACAGGAGCAGUGUUUGCCCUGCUCACCAGGCUUCUACUCUAAUUUGACUGGAAGUCCAUUGUGUCACCCCUGUCCAGCCGGAUCCUUCAACAACAAUACUGGAGCAGAAACUUGCACCGGCUGCUCACCGGGUUUCUUUUCAUCAAAGCAGAGUUCCACCUCUUGCACACCGUGUUCAAUGGGGACUUUCUGCAACUCCUCCAGCUGCAGCCUGUGUCAGACGUGUCCCGGAGGAACAGAGGCUCUACAAACUGCUGCUAAAGACUGCACACCUUGCCGUCCAGGGAUGCACAAACCUCCCCAUCAGAGUAUGUGCCAAAUCUGCAACAGUGGCUUCUACCAGAUCCGCUGGGGCCAGGAAAACUGUGAUGUCUGCCCAGAGAAUCACUACUGUCCUAGCCCUGAUGUGAACCCCAUCCAGUGUCCAAGUGAUGCUUUUUGUCCGGAGGGGAGUUUGGCCCCGGGUUAUUGCAUGGAGACUUUCUUCCGCAAAGCAGGAGAUACAUGUGAACUGGCUCCAGUAACCAUUGCUCUGUUAGUUAUUGGAGGAGGGGUCGCCCUGCUCUUCAUCAUUUUGAUGGUUCUACGUCGACGGAAAGACACUGAUGGAGAACUCACCAUAGCCCGAGCCCCGCUGUUACGCAAAGAGAGACCUCAGGGUCGCUACUAUGGGCUGCCCUGUGACACCGAGCCGGUUUACGCCGGCUGGUAAACAACCCAGGACUGACAAAGAUGGAUGUUAAAUUCAGAUCUAGUGCCAUUGGAGCACUUUCAUACUCCACCAUGUUUUAAUGAGAAAAUUUUGAAACAAUUUGGAGAAAGGUUGAUUCUUUUGUAAAGUCUCAUAGUCUGACAUUGUUGUAAAUGUUCAACAUGCAUAUAAAUACCCUGUUUCUGAGGUAGGCAAUUAGAAUAUGAAUGAACCAGCUAAUAAUCUUUUUCACUUAUAAAAAGCACUUUUUAUUAGGUAAAUUAAUAUUAUUAUUUAUGAGUGGGGAAGCAUACAUUGUUCAGUGACAGUAGAUGUGUGAGCAGGGCCCUUCAUUUCUAAUGCAUUUGAUUUUUGUUUCUGUUUGUAGUUUUAUGAGUAACUUUGCUGUU